AUGAAAUUCUUCGAACUCGUUUCCACCUACGACUMCUCCUUCCCCGCCGUUUCUCUUGCGUAUUUCCUCCGCUACCCGAAUCCCUACUCGAAACAUGUUUUGACAUCCGAUGUCAUUGAUCGCUAUGUCGAUCCGGAAACCCACCGCCUACACACGAUACGAUUGCACCUCAAAAAAUCUAAGAUUCCAUCUACACUAUUGAAGCUUCUGCCCAAGGGCAUUGGCGGAAGCGAAAAUUCGGGUCAAUCGUAUAUCCUCGAGACGACCGUGGUUGAUGCGAAGGAAGGAUGGAUGAAAACCGAGUCGAGGAACAUGGAAUGGACUGGAAUUCUAAGUGUCGUUGAGAAACAGCACUAUGAACGCGAAAUGCCCCCCGAGGGUGAGAAGGUGAACGUACGAACUACUGUUACCUUCGUCUCUCGAUUGGGUCAGUCGAAACUGCUUAGCCGAUCCCGGAAAACAGCAGAGGAUUCUUCGGAAGUUGACGAAGAGGCGCCCAAAAGAGGUAUCUUUUCGUCACUGUCUACUGCGGGUAUACAGCGGACAAUCGAGCUUAUCGGUGUCACUCGUACCCGAGAUGCCAUCCUCCGAAGCAAGGAUGGCAUGAAUGUUGUCCUCGAGCGCCUCCGAAAUGGCGGCAUUGUCGCUGUUCUGGAAGGAAUGCGCCGUGAUCGCGAAGGUCUCCCUUCUACAAUCGCAGCUGGAGGCCCCAUGCGUUCAGAUAGUACCACCAUGUGGCGCCAGGCUUGGUUGGGAGGGUCCAACAAAGCCAAUGACUCGACCCAUGUUGAAGACGACGAUGACUGA